CUUAGAUAUUGGAUAUUGGAAUCUCAAGGACGUCUUGUGUGAAAAUGAUUCCUGAGGUUAUGGCGCUUUCGGCUGUCUCUUUGCAUUUAACAUGGAAUUUUUAUCUAAUGAGACCCCUUUACGCACAUCUUUACCGAGCAGUUCUUUGGGGAAGUGGUGCUUACAUAAUUUCUCGUGAAGUACAAAGAGCGUUCCACAAAAAGAAAGUGGCUCAUCUCAAGGCUAUCGAUAUCUAUAAAUCUCAAUUUCCAGAUAGAGUUCCUGUAAAAUUCUAUCCAACAUUCGGUGAAAUAAUCAAACCAUGGAAGCCACUACGCUGAUUGUUUUUUCGACAAUCAUAAAAACUUUUAAUAUCUCAUGUAAUUAGUUUGAAAUUGUGAAUAGAUCCAUUGUUCAAAAUAUUCCUU